AUGGGGGUGGUACCGGUCCCCAAGGCCCCCCUGCCCCUGCCAGCCCUGCGGCCGCCUCCAAGACCUGCCCCGCAGGAGACGCUCGGCGAAAACGGAGACUCCGCGCCACCCGUGGCUGUUUCGUCGCCGCCCCUCCCGGCUGUGCUGCUGUUUGCAGUUUCGGCCCCUGCUGAGUCAUUGAUGCUAGGCAACGAAACCACGUCUGCUGCUUCCCGCUCAGAAGAGGAGAGGUCCUCCCUGGCUCCAGCCCCCCUGCCACUUCCACCGGCCUUCCUGCUGCCUCAAGCCGAGACGGUCCCUGUCCCAGAUGGUGCUGAAGAUGGCGCCGAACCCGCGGCACUCUCGGAGCAGCCCGCGGCUGCUCCUACAUCCAGCGUGGCCCAUGAGCAACUUUAUGAUGGGGAGAAGCCCCACAAGUGUUUGGAGUGUGGGAAGAGCUACAGGCAGAGCAGCACCCUGAUCUGCCACCAGAUGAUCCACACCGGGGAAUGUGGGGAAUGUGGGAAAGGCUUCAGCUGCAGCUCUGCCCUCAUCAGGCACCAACACAUCCACACUGGGGAGAGGCCCUACAAGUGUCCCCAGUGUCAGAAGAGAUUUCAGACCAGCUCCAAUCUCCUCCAGCACCAGCGGAUGCACACCGAGGAGAGGCCUUUCUUCUGCCCUGACUGUGGUAAGGGCUUCAAGCGCAAGUCCAACCUCAUCACCCACCAACGCAUCCCCAUCAGGGAGAGGCCCUAUCAAUGUCCCGAGUGUGGGAAGAGGUUUCGGAUCAGCUCUGAUCUCCUCCGCCACAAGUGGAUUCACACUGGCGAGAGGCCCUUCUGCUGCCCUGAAUGCGGGAAGGGCUUCAAGCACAACUGCAACCUGGUCACCCACCGGUGCAUCCACACUGGGAAGAGGCCCUAUGAGUGUCACCAGUGUAGGAAGAGCUUCACCCAGAGCUCUGCCUUGACCAGUCACCAACGGAGGCACCGGUAA